AUGAAAUAUCAAACUCCGUUCCACAAAGUAAUAGCGCGUGACAAAGGGGUCUUCAAUGGACGUAACCUUUACAUGUCCACAGACGCCGUGACGUGGACCCACCUGUAUGCGUUGAUGAUCACAGACCAGGGUCUGUUGUAUCUGUCUGACGAGAACGACAGUCCCUAUGUUGUGUUGUCACUGUUACAAUCCUGUUUUGUUCAAGUGAUCCCCGACGUGAAUGGUGGUACCCAUCUCAACAAUCCAAUUCUCCCCCACAACAAUCGUCGUCGAGUCUCUUCUCGCCGUGUGGCUAGCGGCGGCAGUGCCAACGCCUCGGCUGAGGACUUGGGCGGUAACGGCCACCAUGGGUCCUCCAAUGGGUCCAUGACUGCUGCCAAUGCAAAUGGUGGUCUCUCCGAUGAACCACCAGUUGUUUUCAUUAAAACUUUUGAUAAUGAAAAACUUUAUAUCAAAGUACCCAGUAAGACCAAUUUCGGUAAUCUUCUUGCCCUGUUGAUUGUUUGGCAAAACCUUAAACCUCAAGGUUUGGUUAAAAAAUGGUACAGUGAAAAUCGUGUGAAUCAUAAUUCUUCAUCUACUCAUGAAGUUUUAGUGUGUAGAUUUAAAGUUUAUGGUCCAAUUCCUACAAAAAGUAAAAAUCUUCGGAUUUUACCAGGGGUACCUGCACCUUCAUACCAACCUCCUAAACGUGACCAAGACGGCUUACAUCAUGUAACUGGAGGAGGUGGUGGUUCAGAUUCAGGUACUCCUCAUGCAAAUCUUUCCACACAACCAAUUCAAGAAGGUUGGUUUUAUACUAUGGGGGUUCUUAAACUGAAUGGGAUGCUUAAUUUCAUCACUGAAUUAGAUGGAACUUUGCUCUAUCUGAUUGAUGUUAAGACUGUAAUGUCAUCAGAAAUUAGAGAAAUGCAUCAUCUGAUUUUUGAUAAUUCAAAUGUCUUGUUUGUAGGACGAAUCAAAGAACUUCGAUGGAAUAAUUGUAUUAAAACAGUGACUCCCAAUAGUUUUAAUGAUCAAGAUGAACCAUUUUUAUUUAGAGAUGGUAAAAUAUUGAAUAGUAAUCAAAGAAUUCUUAUUGAAUUCCCACUUCAUAUUGAUCUUGAAGAUUGGUUUGUUGGAUUAAAUUAUUUUGCUAAAAGAGAAUAUAUUGGAAGUUUCAAUCCAGAACUGCCGCAACAACUGCUGCAAUACAAUAAUGGACAUAAAAAGGUCACUGCCACAGUGCCACCAACUACAAUGAACUCAGAUGAUGCUAAUACUAGUAUUGCUCUGUCUACGGGUACUUCUGCCACUUAUAUAAUGAAUGGUAGCAAAAAUGCAUCUAUGGGUGAUUUACUGGUGAAUUCAAACAAUCAGAAUGCAACCAAUACCACUGUAUCCACUUCACAAAAUACUACUAACCCUUCAACUACUUUGGAUGAUUAUACAAAGGAUAACUUGAGGGUAUCUAAAAAUGUAUCCAUUGAUAUCAUUGAGGCAAAAUUCGAUUCUAAUAACAACAAGUCGGAUAAAAUAUAUGCAGAAGUAGUGAUGUGGGGGCUCCCAUGGUCAAGAACUGCCAUAGUAGCUCAUACACAUAAUCCAUUUUGGAAAGAAGAAUUUUCCACCAAUCUCCCUAUAUCGACACAAAUUGUUCAUAUACUUAUCAAGCAAUGCUCUGGUAGCACAUAUCUGCUUCAUGAUAAAGUUAUUGGAACGGUUUACAUUACACCUGAUAUUCUCACCAAACAACUUAGUACCUCAUCUACUAUGAUGACUGGAUCUCCAUUGGGUAUGGGGAUCAAUGUAGGUGGUAAUGGAGGUUUCAGUGCCAAUACGGCAGCUGCAAAUGCCCCCACGGGGAACGUUGCAAUAAAUGAUAUUGUAAGAUUAUCCAUCUAUGAUUCUUCAAAUCUCCCAAUGGGUAAACUUCUUCUUACUGUAAAUUUGAAAGAAUAUCAUAUUCUUGCACCUCGAAAUUUUAAAACAUUGGAAAAUAUGCUUUGUAAUGCACCAAUGAAGGAUUUAAUUAAAUUUUGUAACAAUAACGUUCCAACUUCAGACUUUGAAAAUGUUUCAUUAAUAAUGUUGGAUAUUUUCCAAUCCCUUGGAAUUGAAGAUCUUUGGUUUAAACUGUUAAUGGAAGUUGAAUUAAUCAAUGUUGAUAAGAUUACCCGCAAGAAUUAUGUUACUAACAAGAGAAAUAGUGGAGUGCCACUGGCAACAACCACAAAAUCAAGUAAUAAUGUAUUCAAUACUCUUUUUAGGGGAUCUUCAAUUUUUUCGAAAUCUUUAGAAAAGUAUAAUCUUCGUAUUGGACAAGAAUAUCUUGAAAAGGUAUUUGGAGAUUUUUUCGCUAAAAUAUCUCGUGAACGUAAAAGUUGUGAAGUUGAUCCAAGAUAUGUAAAGUUACAAACAGGUUUAGGAGGAUUAAGAAAUGGUCAUAGGAAUGGGAAUGGAGGAGAUAGUAGUGGGAACCUGGACUCAGAUGAUUCUGAUAGUGAUGAUUCUGAUGGAUAUGAUUCCGAAGAAGAAAGAGAAAAAGAAGCUCAAUUGAAAUUAAUUGUUGAAGAGAAUUUCAUUAAUUUAUAUGAAUAUGCUGAAGAAAUUUGGAAUAAGAUUUAUAUUACAAGUAAUGAUCUUCCACAACAAAUUAAGACUCAAUUGAAAAACUUUAGAAGUAAGGUUGAAUUAGCUUGUGAUCCAGAAGAUAAAACAACUGCAUUAAAUUGUUUGUCAGCUUUUAUAUUUUUAAGAUUUUUCUGCCCUGCAAUUUUGAAUCCAAAAUUAUUUUAUCUUACAAAAGAUCAUCAGACUGGGGAAACUCAAAGAACUCUUACACUUAUUGCGAAGAUUUUGUUGAAUUUAGCUAAUCGACAAGAAUUUUCUCCUCAUAAGGAACCUCAUUUGGUGAAAAUGAAUGAAUUUUUAUCACGUCAUCAAGCAGAAGUUUUAGAUUAUUUUGAUAAGAUUACUGGAAGGAAAAAUGAUUUUAAUGAAAAGAUCUUGGAUUUAUCUCAUGAAGUGAAAAGAUUUGAUUUAGGAUUGAGUGGGGAUGCCACGUCGCUGGAGUUGCCAACCACGCCAUAUCUAAUCGAUAAGUACUUGAGAUUAACUGAAUUAAUUCACUUGUUGGAUUAUAAUCAACCAACAAGUACUUCUAAUCGGUCAUCUGUGGGAGGCCAAACAAUCAGAUCGUCAAUCAGUAUUCCAAGCAACUCCACCAAACGCGCUAGUGAUGGUGGGUAUGGAUAUAAUAAUGGACGAGAAUCCCAAAUUCGAGACUCAUAUGCUGCUCGAGACUCCUUUAGAGAAAGUAAUGGAGACAUUCAUGUUAACGCCGAACGGAAUGUAUACCAAAUAGGAUCACUUGAAUUUGAAAAAAGUGAAUUUCUCGAUUUGGCUGGUGAUAAUGAAACUGAAGGAUUUCUUAAAUCAUUAUGUCGAAGUAAUGAGAACAUUUUCCUGUUCAUUACAUCAAAUAUCACUCUCAAGGACUUACAGAAACAAAGUACAAAUCUAAUGAGUAAAGUUAAUAAUUUAGAAAUGUUCUUGGAGUCAACUGAAUUACCUAUCAACUAUCAAACAGAUCUGAAGAUGUGGGAUGCCUUUACGGAGGAAAUUUUAUCUAGAGCUUAUUUGGAUACCACCAGAAAUUGUAUUACGUAUUGGCAUGGACCAGAAGAUAUGACACCUCUGAGUUUGAAAAGAUUGACCGAUAAUGCCUUGACAGGUUUGAAAUUACGAUUCCCUGAUACACUGAGAUUUGAUACAGAAAGUCCAAGGGUUAGCAGUACUUUCAGUACCAGUACUUUAUCGAGUGCCUUAAAGGGAGGUAAGAAGAAUCCGUUCAAGAAAUGGUUGAGUAGAGAAAGGGGAGUUAGCCGAUAG